UGCAAAAAUAUAGGGUCAAUUGUAGCAUACGGCAUAUUUAUGCAUCUUUCACGUUUCACAUAUUCGUCCGAUAAAGGGUUAAGUACGCCGUACGCGCCGCCAAAAUUCAAAUCUCCCGGCAACAUGGGCCGAAUCGGCGACGGAAGAUACCCACCGGCGGAGCAACCUUCUCGGUCUUCCGCUUCAAAGAGAAGUAGAACUAGUCAAUUCGACGUCGGUCAACACCGUAGCAAAAAGAAGCAAAGAGGAACAAUACGUCAAACUGAGACUGAAACUGAAACCCUAACCCUGAAUCAUACUUCCACUUCUUAUACCCGUACAUAUGCAACUUCCUCCACUUUUUCGUACAAUAGGCGCAAAGAAAAACGGCAUAAAGGAAAAUCAAAGAGGACGAGUGCAGAGGAUAAGCGCAAGUGGGUUUAUUCUACUCACGAUGUUUCCCCAUAUCUAGAUAGAGUUGUUUUUAUGUCGUAUAAUAUACUAGGGGUAAAAAAUGCAGCUAACCAUGAGGAUCUAUACAACAAUGUUGCUCCAAAGUAUUUGGAUUGGGACUACCGCAAGCGGCUUAUUCGCAAGGAAAUUAGAGAAUAUAAUCCGGGUAUAAUGUGUUUCCAGGAGGUUGAUUGUUAUGAUGAUUUAGAUUAUCUCCUCCAGAAAGAGGGCUUCAAAGGGGUUUAUCAGGCUCGUACAGGUGAUGCAUGUGAUGGUUGUGCGAUAUUUUGGAACAGAGAACUAUUUGACCUUCUGCACGAGGAGAGCAUAGAAUUCCAGGAGUUUGAUCUACGCAAUAAUGUUUGCCAACUUUGUGUUUUCAAGAUGAACGUGAAGAACUCAAGUAAGGAUAUGGGUGCUUCAAAUUCGGAGAGUAUAUCAUCACGAAGCUUUGUGGUUGGCAAUAUUCAUGUACUCUUCAACCCCAACCGUGGAGACAUUAAGUUGGGGCAGGUUAGACUGUUUCUUGAGAGUGCCCAAAGGCUAUCACUAGAAUGGGGUGAUAUACCAGUUGUGCUUGCUGGAGAUCUUAAUAGUAUGCCCCAGAGUGCAAUGUAUCAGUUUUUGACUUCAAGUAAGUUGGACAUCCAAAUGCAUGAACGGAAGCAAAUUUCUGGCCAAAUAUAUCCAUUGCAAAAUAGAAGCUUCAAGUCAAGCUUUAUUUAUAGAUGGAGUGAUGAGGAGCUAAGGCUUGCUACCGGGACAGGAGCUAGUCACCUGAUACAUCAAUUACAGCUGCGCAGUGCCUAUGCUGGAGUUCCUGGAAGCUCUGGAACCAGGGACAACUCUGGAGAACCCUUGGUGACAUCAUAUCACUCCAAGUUUAUGGGGACUGUUGACUAUAUAUGGCACACAACAGAUUUUGUUCCAGUAAGAGUUCUUGAUACCUUACCUAUUGAUGUUUUAAGCAGAACAAGAGGGCUUCCUAGUAAGAAAUGGGGAAGUGAUCAUCUUGCUCUAGUUUGCGAGCUGGCUUUUACUGAUGGAGGCAGUGAGACUUGACCAGUCCUUCCCAUCCAACUUCUUCCUAGAAGCAUGAAAUACCAUGCGGCAGGCCGCAGGGUGACCUUGAUGAAGUUAUGCUGCAGUGGUGCUUGCACUUUGAAAUGCAGCUCCGUGUAUCCACUCAGCAUCCAGACACUGCAACGAUAAGCUUUUCAGUUCAGGUGCAUGUAAGAUCCUAGUGCAAACAAAGGAACUGAGGACAAGGAGGAACAUAGUAAGUUGGACGCAAAGGAUUUGCGAGGAGUGGAGACCUCUUAUCCUAGUUCACAAUCUUGUGAUUCAUCUAAUCGUGGUUCUGAACGAAUUUUGUUUCAUAUGGCAAGGUUUAUGAACGAGGGAAUCAGCUUUCUUAGUAAUAGAUAUGAAAUAAAAUCAUGACAUGUGGUUCAAACAACUUUUUGUAUGUUGUCUCUGUUCUGAUGAUCACAGGAAAUAUAAAUGAUUUUUCUCUU